AGACUCUCUCGUUGAGAAUAUUUGCAAUGUAAAGUUCAAAGAUCUUAUAGCGAUUUGGAUAGAAAAUGUAUCGUCGUGAAUGAUUUCAAGCUGUUUUAAAUGAUCUGAAUCACUCACAAAUGUGACUAUCAUGUUUGAAUAGAGAAGUGAACACGAUUUUCUGCGAAAUAAACAAUUUUAACGAUUGUGCCGAUAUAGACCGACGUUUGAAAUAUCGAUAUUCAUUGAGGAAGUCAUCACAAGUGUCAGAAGACCGAUUAAAAUUACAAUCAUGUGGCAAGCGAGAAUCGCAAGAGAGAUUGCAGCAAUUAGUGACAAAUUUCUGGCAAAACCGCGAUGAAAGCUGUAGAAUUGUAGAAGAUAUGUUUGAAAUCGUGAAAAAAAAUUGUUGACUUUAUCGUGACACGGUUAUCAACUCAAGUGACAUUGGGAAAUUAACGAAUAAUGAACGAAACCUAUUCAUUAGUGCAGGUACAAGACAAAAGUUUAAUAAAGCGACAUUUCAAAUUGAUGUGUAACAUCCGGUGUAGGAUAUUUUCGCCGAUAUGAACGCUCGAUACGACGAGGGGUGAAACGAGGAAGGAUCGACGAGCACACACGAGCACAAAAAAAUGUCUAUUCGCGACUUGUCCGAUAACCUGGUUUCCACCGAAUAUUUCGGUGUUUUAGUAGCCGAUGACGGCUCGCCGUUUGUUACCGACCUUCCCCGGUUCUCCACCGUCACUUCCGAAAUUGCCAACGUCACCUCGCCAGUCAUUUUGCAAUCGUCGAGUCAAGACAGCCUUCUGGAGAAUCUCAUUAUACCGUUAUACGUUACAAUCUUCUUCCUUUCCAUCGUCGGAAAUUCUUUGGUGCUCAUCACACUGGCGAGGAACAAACGGAUGCGGACAGUGACAAAUGUCUACCUACUAAACUUGGCUGUAUCGGAUCUUCUGCUUGGUGUGUUCUGUAUGCCUUUUACUCUUCUGGGUCAGCUUCUCAAGAAUUUUGUUUUCGGUCUUACAAUGUGCAAGCUGAUAUCGUAUUUUCAAGCCGUGUCAGUAUCGGUGGGUGUCUGGACGUUGGUCGCUAUUUCGCUAGAGCGCUACUUCGCUAUUUGCCGACCAUUAAAGUCGAGACGAUGGCAAACACAAUUUCACGCUUACAAAAUGAUUGCCGUUGUAUGGACUCUCAGCCUCACAUGGAACGCGCCGAUUCUCGUCGUAUCUCAAUUAAAGAGCUUACGUGGAGGAAGACGCAAAUGUCGCGAAGAAUGGCCGAAUGACAGUACCGAGAAAGCAUACAAUCUUUUCCUGGAUGGCACGCUGCUUCUGAUACCACUGCUGCUCAUGAGCCUGGCCUACUCGUUGAUAGCGAUAAAACUUUGGCGCGGUCUGAAACUCGAGAUACGACAAUCAUCGACAUGUACCAGAAGACUUGAAAGAACGGCGUCUGGUGCGACAGUGCGAGGUUCAAAUUACAACAAUAAUAAUGACAGAGAUGCAAGAUUGACUGUAUUUCGCGCUGGCGGUCCAACAUCGAGGUCGCGUCGAGGCUUUUCGUCUUCCUCGAGGCACUUUCAAGGCACUCCCCAGGGUGCACCAUCUAGGGGAUCCAGGAUUCAGAUACGAGCGAACGGAAGCGGCUGCUUAACGCGGGACACGAAGGACGUCGUUAACGAGGAUCAGCAGGACUCGACCUGUCCCCUCAGCAGGCAACACGUGAUACGCAGUAAUUACAUGGGGAAGAGCAUCGAGGCGAAGAAGAAGGUGAUCAGAAUGCUCUUCGUGAUAGUUCUGGAGUUCUUCGUAUGUUGGGCGCCAUUGCACGUGAUCAAUACGUGGUAUCUCUACGCGCCUGAUCUAGUCUACUCGGUCGUUGGUAGCACCGGUAUCAGCCUGGUGCAGCUAUUGGCCUAUGUAUCCAGCUGCUGCAAUCCCAUCACGUACUGUUUCAUGAACAGAAAAUUUCGCCAGGCGUUCCUCGGCCUAUUCGACUGUCACCGUUGUUGGAGGGUAGGUUGCAGGCACAGCGAUAUUGCUAUGGCGACCACGGGAAAUGUCGGGCAAGCUGGCAAUAACAGCGAAUUAAGCGGAAAUGACUCGACGGUAUAUCUAGGCAGAGCGUCCCUCGUCGCUAGAUCAGAGGUAGUUCGGUUGCUGGAGGAGGAAGAUCGCGUCUAGUAUAGGUCGUGUGGAUUAUGUGACGGGGUGACAGAACCAAAUAUAUCUCUACCCCAGUCUCGCGAGCAAGAGGAGGAUUUUUUUCUGAAAAUAUCCUGGCGACCGCCCGUCGACAAGAUCGGUUGUCGUGGAAGCGGCAAGGAACUUGGGUGUGCCGGUGUGUCUCAUUGCUCAUCUAGAUCUUCUUGCGUGGACAAUCUCAACUUUCUUUACGAUUAACCGAAGCCAAAUAUUAACACUAUUCUCCAUGAAGUGCGUAUUUUUUGGCCUAACAGGUAUUUCAGAGAUCUCUUUUUAUAUUCUUUAAUUAAUUCAUAGAGAUUAUAAAAUGUACAGAAAGGACGCUUAUAUGUCUUGCCGGAUUCCUGUUGAAUGUUUUAUUCUUCUAUUCUUCUAUUCUGCGACAAACCAGGCGAUAGCACUCAUACGUAGUUAAUAUAAUCGCGUCAGUGUUUUUGUACAGAUCAGUCAAACAGCUGGAUGAAAGUUUUACAAUGUAACCGCAAAUAGAUAAUUAGUUUGUCAUAAGUUUCUCAUUAUGACAUAAGCUUAUUAUAUCUUUGUCAUAAACUUAUCAUAUCUUGAUAAAAUAACAACUUAUA